AUGGCCGACAACUCGGGAGACGAGGGCAUGGGGAGCAAGGAGCAGGACAGGUUCCUGCCCAUCGCCAACAUUAGUCGAAACAUGAAAAAAUUCCUUCCGGCGAAUGCGAAGAUUGCAAAGGAUGCGAAGGAGUCCGUGCAGGAGUGCGUGUCGGAGUUCAUUUCCUUCAUCACCAGCGAAGCAAGUGACAAGUGUCAGCGGGAGAAGCGGAAAACCAUCACCGGAGACGACUUGCUUUGGGCGAUGUGCACACUGGGCUUUGAUGACUACAUCGAGCCGCUCAAGCUCUACCUCGCCAAGUUUCGCGAGGCGGAGAAGCAGGCUCUGGCUGCCGCCGGAAAGCUGCCAAAUGCUGGACAUGACUGA